CCUUUGAUUCAAUCCCAGAAUGGUAAGAAGAUUGUUUCUUUCAAAACCGGUUAUUACAUUUCAAAAUGGAAUCUUUACUUUGAACUUUCCAAUUAGUGGCAUGAUUAUUCUUUAGGUUUUUUAGCUUUCAAGCAGCCAUAUUUUUUUGCACCUGCUGUUAUUUCGUAUUUUAGUCUAGCAUUUCUGUAUGAUUUUGGUUCUGUUUGAGAUCGAAUUGAUCAGCUGGGUUUUUGAUAUAGAGUGUGAUUUCCAUGUUUCAUUUUAUUAGAAAUAGUUGUUUAUGUUUCUGUAAGUUUUAAGUUCUAGGAAGAAGCUCAACCCUUGGGAUUCACAUUUCGUAGUAUGAAAGCUCAUUUCAGAUCGGAAAAUUUAAUGGUGGGUGAACCUUUUUGCACUUGAACUUAAUGGAGUAUAAUUUGAGACUAGUAUUGUUCUGUCCUCAAUUCUCAUUGUGCUACACUAUUUGAGAAAACCUUAGUUAAGCCUCAUCAUGUAUAUCCUCCAUUGGCUCUUCAUUGAAGUUCGGGUGACUUCCAACUAAUCUAUUGGGAGCAUUUAUGACUUUAAAGUGGAAAGGGAAGGAAUGAUGACUUCCCCACUAUUGUUCAUCCUAAAACCAAAUAAACAUACAUGUAUGAUGAAAAAGGAUUCUUUUGUUCGUUUUAUUGACUGGAUAUGCAAUCUCGUUGAUCGCAGUCAUUGCUUAUCUUUGAUAUUUGAUAGCUUUAUAUUUAUGACUGUGUUAAGUUCACUGAUGGAAUCACUAAGUAUUAUUUCAAAUCUUCAUCAGGCUACCCCUUUUAUUGCUGGACUUGCAGUUGCUGGGGCAGCUCUAGCUGGUAGAUAUGGGAUUCAGGCAUGGCAAGCAUUUAAGGCACGUCCUCCAAGAGCCCGCAAAUUCUACGAAGGUGGCUUUCAACCUAAAAUGACCAGAAGAGAAGCAGCACUUAUUCUUGGUAUUAGGGAAAAUGUAGCUGCAGAUAAGGUUAAGGAAGCGCAUAGAAGGGUUAUGGUAGCUAACCAUCCUGACGCUGGUGGUAGCCACUAUCUGGCAUCUAAAAUCAAUGAAGCGAAGGAUGUAAUGCUUGGGAAGAAAAAUGACACUGGUUCGGCUUUCUGA